AUGCUCUUAAUAAAAGACUUAAAUUUUAAUUCCAUUUAUAAGAUUUAAAAAACUAUCAGAAGUAAUAAAUAUUUGGAAGAUUUUUAUACGCAGUAUUAAUAAGAAAGAAAUAGUUUUAUCAUAUCAUUCUAAAGAGUUUUUAUAAAAAAGACUUAAGAUAUUGAAUUGAUAGAGCGAUUAAAGAUUGCAAUUGUGGUAUUAAAUUUAUAAAAUGAAGGUUAGCUUGAAGAAAUGGAUUAGAGGAAUAAACAAUUGA